UUGAUGGCUGUGGUUGACAGUGAUGUCGAGUCGAGCUUCAUGGAUGAGUUGAAAAUUUGGUUAAUACUGUUUGUAACUGAGUGAAUGACAAUGUCCGUUUUCAAUAUACGACAAUUUUACAGCGCGUUAUAUCAGCGCUACAUAGCUUUAUUACCGGCGAUACAUUUGUCCCGCACACAAAAGAUCUUUAUUAUCUGCUUUGCUGGUGGUUCAGUAUUACUAGGCGGAUUGGCGCAAUUUUUGAAAAGACGACGAAGACAUCCCUUGCCGCCUUCUCGGAGACACUUCAAAACAAGAUUAGCAAGUUUCAAAAAUUCCAAUUUUGAUGCAUUGUCACAGGCAUCUUGGGCAAGAAGAAGUGAGGCCAGUACUAGAAGUCAUAUUAGCGAUCGUGCAUCGCUCAUUUCUUCUGUGCCAGGAGGUGUGGAUGAAGAUGUAAGACUUACUCCGCAACAAUAUGGUGUCCUUGGUCUUGAGGCAUUAGAAAAAGCUCUCUUUUGUUGGGAAGAUGCGCUCACCGCGUUCAGCUCAACUCUCGGCAACGAUGCCUUGGCUUUGCCGUCAAAAGCCGACGCGGCGUUCACUCACGAUGUCCAAACAUUGCUCGAUAUGGGCUAUCAGAUGCAGAACCAAGCAGAACUUCUUUUCCUCGAUCAGCAUUCCGUUUUAUUUCGUAAUGAAAGUGAGGAGAGUCUCGACAAACCGUCGAACAUCGGAGCGCGGUUAUCUAGUAUCAAGGAGAAAGCCGACGCCGCAUCUUCACCAGAAUCAUUCGAGUCUGCACGCGAUGGGGUGGCGGAUUUGCGCGAGUUCGAAGAGUUCUCAGAACUCUUUCCACACUUUGAAAGACAGAAACUGUAUCACGCCGCUCUGAAGCAGUACGAAGAUCAAGGUAUUCCUUGCAGGAGAUUGCACACGGAACUUGUAAGAUGCGGAUCGGAUGUUGAGUAUUUGGCGAAAGUGCACUGCCUGCGUCAAGCCUAUACAAAACUGUUCAGUUUACCCACAGCGACGACGUUUAUAGCGGACAUGGGUCGUCAAAUUAUUAGCGAUUUAAUUAUAUACGCGGACAGGGAUCCUAAAGAUUACCUGCUGCAUUACGAGCGUAUGCUGGAGUUCCUGAAAGAUCCGCGUAAUCAUAAUAUAAUGGAUGAGGAAUUAACCGGUCGAGGUGUCAAGUGUAUGAACUUCUAUGACGUUCUCAUUGAUUUUAUACUCUUAGAUGCGUUCGAAGAAGUGGAAAAACCACCACCGCCCAUCAGAGCGAUAAUUCAGAAUAGAUGGAUAUCAGCCAGUUUUCGAGAAACUGCAAUAGGCACUGCGCUCUGGUCCGUUCUCGCAGGUAAACGAAGAAUGUUGACGUAUGACCAAGGAUUUCUAGCGCAUUUCUAUUCCAUCUCUGAGCACAUCUCGCCGGUGCUUGUUUGGGGAUUUUUAGGUCCUGAAGGCAGUUUGAAUUCCACUUGUCAUUAUUUUAGGGAUCAAGUGAUCGAGUUUCUCGUAGAUAUAUUUAAUUUCUUCAAAGUACGAUAUACCACUGUCGACGACCUUGCGACGGAUAUACUCAGGGAAAUGAAGCUGAGAGUCGAUAAUAUAAACCAAAGGCUGUCAUUAGAAGGAUGCUAGCAAAAUGAAAUAUAUACGUAGAUAAUUAUCGAUAUAUCAGAAAGACCUCGGCACACAUAAUAUCGCGAGCUGCGUGUGCUAUAGUAUUAUACGGUCGAUUUAAAACGGCAAUUCUCACAAGUUGAAAGCUUAGUUUAGUUAGAGAACGUCGAUGCACAUAAAAAAAGUUGAAUAUAGACGGUGAUCGGUAUCUCAUUUUAAUUUUCAUUAUCGCGCUCGAAGUUAGUAAUUAGUGUGACAUAACAUCGUAAAAAUCAUAUCGCUGCAAAGACACACCCAGAUGUUACACAAUUAAUUUCAUUAGAAGUAGUAUGUGAAUGUCACGAGUUUUGCGUAACGUUCGAACGUACUAUAAAGUGGUGUCAAGCUGAUAUGAAUAUUAUCGUCGUUAAUGUUCAUCUUUACAAGCAAAAAAAUUCUGUCUAAUGCGAAUAUUAUAUAAAUAUCUAAUUUGGGUUACGAUGGGUUUUCAUUAAUCACACUUGGAGAAUCAAUCACGCACACGCAAAAUUAUAGAAAUACACGAAUAAAUUUAUUGUAUAAAAAAAAUUUACGAAAGAAACUGGAUUAUGAAUGUUAUUCGGUUUUGUAUAGACAAUCUGUAUAAAGUUACAUUGCAAAUUGGCUACUUUGCAAUAAUACUUUUUAUAACCGUUAUAUAAUUCUAUUUAUUAUUUAUUAUUGCCUUAUUUUUCUAUUUUUAUACACACUAAUUCUGAUUUUAAUAUCUUACGCUCGUAUGACUAUCGCUACUUUAUAGUCAUUUAGCGAUAUUUUAUUGCAUUCAAAGGAUUAUUGUUAUUGUUUAUAUUUUACUGUAUAUCACACAAG